ACGAGCCUAAUUCAACAUCUUCAAUAAAUAAUGUCACGAAUUUCUCAACUUUACAGUUAUGAAAUGGAAAUAAACUAUAUAUUGCCGUGAACAAUAAACUAGAUUACCCAAGAAACUAUGUAGCGUUGAAGGAAGAAAUGCGAAUGGAUGGUGGAAGAAGAGAGUGGUUGAAAGCCCCUACACGACAACCUGUUUUGUAUGACUAACAAUGAAUUUGGCAUUUACCACAAAACUUCAAGUCAAUGUUUUAUAAUCUGGAACACAAGACCAAUUCUGAAUAACAAAAAUGCACCCAUCUUGUACAGGAGAAGCAUCAAAACCCUGCUUCAAUGCUUGUUUUCCAUCAUCACUUCAUGCCUCUCAGGAUUCCCAUAAUACUACUUCAAAUGAUGACUUUGGUGAAGCUACAUGCUCAAGUCUUCACCCACAUACACAAUUCACAAACCAUGAGUCCCUCCCAAAUUUACAAGAAGCAUAUAGUAGCUUCAUCAAAGCUUUCCCUCGAUUUUCUAUCACUACUGAAAUUGAUCAAAUUCGAGACCAAGAAUACAAACACUUGAAUCCCUCCAAUAUCUGUUUCGAUUAUAUUGGUUAUGGUCUUUUCUCCUAUUUUCAGCAGCAAAGUUCUUGCCUUGCCACAACUUCAAUUGAUCCUUCAUCAUCAUCAUCAUCACCAUUGCCAUACUUGGCUUUAGAACCAUCUUUUUUUGAUAUAUCCUACAAGUCCAUGAAUUUGCAGUCACAAAUACUUUAUGGUGGCCACGAAUCAGAACUAGAGUCAAGGAUUAAAGAAAGGAUUAUGGCAUUUAUGAACGUUUCUGAAGCUGAUUACACCCUGGUUUUCAUUGCUAAUGAGGUUUCUGCUUUCAAACUUGUAGCUGAUUCCUUCCAAUUUCAUUCCAAUGGGGAGCUUCUCACAGUGUAUGAUCAUGACAGCGAGGCAUUGGAUGUGAUGAUUCAGAGCUGCAAGAAGCAAAGAGUGAAUGUCUUAUCAGCUGAAUUCUCCUGGCCCAGUCUUGGAAUUGAGUGGAGGAGAUUAAAGAAGAUGAUAACAGGUAAAAGGGAAAAGAGGGAAAAGAGGAAAGGUAGUCUUUUUGUUUUCCCUCUUCAUUCAAGGGUCACAGGAGCACCAUAUUCCUAUGUUUGGAUGUCAAUGGCACAAGAAAAUGGGUGGCUUAUCUUGCUUGAUAUGUGUGCAUUGAGGCCUAAAGAGAUGGAAACUUUAGGCAUGUCUCUGUUCAAGCCUGAUUUCAUGGUUUGCUCCUUCUACAAAGUUUUUGGUGAAAACCCAUCAGGGUUUGGGUGCUUAUUUGUGAAAAAAUCCAGUAUCUCUGCCUUGAAAGAUUCAGGCAAUGCCACAAGUGUAGGAAUCAUAAGCCUUGUCUCAACAUGUAGACAAUCUCAUCUCCCUGAAGAGGACAUAGCUGAUGAAGAAACAGAACCAAAAAUUGAAACUUUUCAUCAGAAUGAGACUGAAGAAGUUAAUGGGGCAUCAUCACCAUCUGAAAUAAUGGAGUCAAACAUGCCCAUAAAUAAAGGUAAGAAAAGAGAAGGGGUGAAAAAUCAAAGCUUGGAGAUUGAAUGUAGAGGAUUGGAUCAAGCAGACUCAGUGGGCCUAAUACGGAUUAGUAGCAGGACCAGGUGCUUGAUCAAUUGGCUGGUGAAUGCAUUGAUGAGUCUUCAACAUCCACAUCAUGAAAAUAGACUUUCUUUGAUUAGAAUUUAUGGGCCAAAGAUAAAUUCUCACCGUGGACCAUCAGUGGCAUUUAAUGUGUUUGAUUGGAAAGGAGAAAAAAUUGAUCCUGCACUUGUGCAGAAGCUAGCUGAUAGGAAAAACAUCUCUUUAAGGAGCUCCUAUUUGAGAAAUAUCAGGUUCUCAGGCAAGAAUGUGGAAGAGAGAAAGUGGGCCUUGGAAACUAGGGGAACUGAGAAUGUUGAUAAGUUGGGCCUGUCUAAGAAGACACAACAAGAGCCUGGGAUAUUUGUCUUGACUGCUACACUGGGUUUCUUGACAAACUUUGAAGAUGCUUACAGGCUAUGGGCUUUUCUUUCAAGGUUUCUGGAUGCAGAUUUUGUGGAGAAAGAGAGGUGGAGAUACAUGGCACUAAAUCAAAAGACAAUUGAAGUGUGAUUGUGUUAAAUCCAUUUUUCCCUUUGUUACUUUCCCAUUAAUUUGCAUUGUUAUGGUGACUUUGUCUUAGAAUUGAGUUGUUUAGUAUAUAUGAGAUGAAGAGAAUUUAAGAGAACAUAUCGUGGUUAAUGUGAAGAAUGAAGAGAGAAAAAAAAUGUGGAGGAGAAAAUUAAAAUUAUUUCAGCUUAAUUUCACUUUUUUUUUUGUCUCUGGUCUAUUAUAAGUGUGCCAUUUGGGUCUCCUUAUUCUAAAAUGCGCAAUUGGCAUCUCCCUUGUUUUUCUCUCCCAGAAUCAAUGGAAAAACUUUACAAUUUAAGAUGCCAUAAGCACCUAUGAACACCAUAUAUGCCAUGAAAUUAUCUAAAUGCUUCGUAUGAUUGACCAGCUCUAAUAGAUCUAGUGGGAGAUUCAAAGAACAUAUCCCUUGUAGUAUGGAUGUUGGAUUCUUCGAGUAGUGAAGAACAAAUUCUUGCUAAAUCAAGAUCUCUGCAAGCGUCUGGAACAAAGUUUCCUCUGAUCUCUUCGCUAUGGUUUCAUACUUUACACACAGUGGUGAGGUGAUUGUCACGUCAGAUCGAGGAUGACGGUUGGUGGUACCUACAUAAAGCCAAAGGGCUUUAAUGCUCAAGACAGUUUGGGUUAGAGAGAGAACUCAAAGUCUAGAAAAAAUGUAAUGAGCAAAUAGUUUAAUU